AUGAGUGCAAAGCUAGUGGAGAUUGAACCCCGAGAACUUAAAUUCACUUUUGAGGUGAAGAAGCAAAGUUCAUGUGCAGUUCAUCUUGCCAACAUCUCUGAUCAAUAUGUUGCUUUCAAGGUAAAGACUACAUCACCAAAGAAAUACUGUGUGCGGCCCAACAUAGGCAUCAUAAAGCCAAAGUCAACAUGUGAUUUCACAGUUACUAUGCAAGCUCAACGGUCAGCUCCAUCUGAGAUGCAAUGCAAGGAUAAAUUUCUGAUUCAGAGCACAGUUGUCUCCUUUGGGACAACUGAAGAGGACAUUACUCCUGGCAUGUUUGCGAAAGAUAGUGGCAUGUACAUCGAAGAGAAUAAGCUCAAGGUUGUUCUGAUAAGCCCACCACAUUCUCCUGUAUUGCUACCAGUUAACGGAGUUUCAAAGCAAGAAGGUUCUUAUGACACUUCAAUUCAAAAAGAGAAAAUGCUAAGCGGAAUAGAAAAUCUUCCCCCAACUCAUAAGCUAAGUAAGGAUGUUGAGGAUCCGCCUAAAGUUGUGGAGGAUAUGGAGUUGAGCCCUUCUAACGAUGUUAUUAAUAGCCCCACCAAGUAUGUGGAACCAAGACUUGUAAAGGAUUUGGAGGGAACAAAAUUGAAAUCACUUAAAGAUAUUGAGGAGCUGAAAUCAAAGAUGAAUACACUGGAUUCAGAGCUAAUUGAGGCCGAAUCCACCAUUAUAAAGCUAAAAGAAGAGAGGAGCACAACCAUCCAAGAGAAGGAAAGACUCAAGCAGGAACUGGCGGUGUUGAGGAGAAAGAAUGGCGUACGAAGAGUUCAGGUGGGUUUCCCGGCGCUGUUUGUUUGCAUGGUGGCUCUUACUAGCCUGGCAAUUGGAUACCUCUUACGUGUUUAG